CAUUUGUGUUGAGAUUUUUGGAGACUUUUGCACAAAUUUCGUUCUUGGCCAUUUUGCUGAGGCAGAAAAGGACGUUGUGUCCCACAGGUCUUCUCCAGGGAGCCUUUUUUUCAUCUCAGUCGUCAUGUCUGAUAAGCCGAGGGUGUACCAGGGAGUCCGAGUGAAGACCACAGUGAAAGAGCUGCUGCAGAGGCACAGAGCCCGGGAGGCCAACAGCAAAAAAGUUAAAACGAUAUCCCAGGCUUGCUUGGACUUCCAGGAUCCGUGCGCCUCCACUUUUCCAAGUCGCUAUGUGGAGCCUCCCACCGCCGCUCUCCCACAGGACGCAAACAGCUGUGGAACGCGAGCCCUCCAGCUGCUCGCCGCCUCGUUCGACUUCCCUGACAACUCGUGCAACAUCCAGAUGCAGGAGAGCGCCAUUAACGACAUCCAGCAGCAGUUCGGGGACAUGAUGUUGCCCGGCAACGGCUACAGUGGCAACAACAACAGCAUCGGCGGCGGCGGCGGCGGCUGCAGCUACAACGCCCCCCUGCCUCCCCCUCCCAACCUCCCGCUGCCCUGGUGCCAUGGACUCUCUUCUGAUGCGGACUACUAUGGCCAGGGGACGGCUCCCUGCUCCUCACUGGAGUCUUUGAAGCGCUGCAUCCCCACGGAUCACGACAGCUACUCUCCACAGGACUCUUUUUCCUCCUCUUCCUCCUGCUACGACUCACCCACCAGGAUGGAGUCCAGCUUCUUUGGCUUUACCUCAGAGCACUACCACUAUCAGCACUGCAACCUCCAAGACUGUUACUGCCUUCCCCACUGUUGGCCAGGCCAGCAGGAGAGCUUCUCUGCCCCUGAAUAUGCACCUCACUACACCAGCACAGACUAUCCUUACGCCUUUCCUGUGGAGGAGAGCUAUUUUAAGAGGGAUUGGCAGUUGAGUUCCGAAAUGAGUUACAAUGUAUUAUGAUGAGACUGUCAGCUGUGUUGUUUUGUCUUUUGACUGCAUUCUCCUCACGUGCUCUGUGAGGUUGCUCACAUGAUGGUCUGCUUUGCAUUUCAGUGUGUGCUCUGACUGGCUUUCGCUCUAGUAGAGUGUAUAUGAUGAAUGUUGAAUGGAUGAAAAGACUGAUAUUUUUGUAUCAAUUGCUUUGUUUUAACAGCUUAGAUUUAUUUUCAUACACAUUACUUGUUGCUGUACUAAAUAAAACUAAACUUACCAAUGUGC